CCCAAAAAAAAAAAUAAAACCAACCCCGAGUGGAGAUAUGGCGAUACACCCAGUCUCUGUGGAAACAUACCAAUUCGCCUGCCCAGCUUGCCAAGGAGCGGCUAGCGGGCUAGCAGCGUAACUUUCCUCUCGCGGUGUCACUCGGAAGCUGCGGAGCCCACUUCCUCGCUAGCCGACCUCUUCGUACCUGAAGCAAGCUGGCGGCCCUCCGAGUAGAAGCCGAGGACAAGGAGCUGGGGCCGAUGGCCUGGGUGCUGAAGAUGGACGACGCCACCAUUGAGUCGGGGCUGGUGCACGACUUCGAUGCCAGCCUGUCGGGCAUCGGGCAGGAGCUGGGGGCUGGAGCCUACAGCAUGAGCGAUGUGCUGGCUCUGCCAAUCUUUAAGCAGGAGGACUCCAGCCUUCCUCCUGAAAACGAGACCAAAAAUCCCCCAUUCCAGUAUGUGCUGUGCGCCGCCACCUCGCCUGCUGUCAAGCUGCACGACGAGACGCUCACAUACCUAAACCAAGGCCAGUCUUACGAGGUGCGUAUGUUGGACAACAGGAAGCCAGGGGAGUUACCAGAGCUCAACAACAAGAUGGUGAAGAGCAUAGUGCGAGUGGUGUUUCAUGACCGCCGGCUGCAGUACACAGAGCACCAGCAGCUAGAAGGCUGGAAGUGGAAUCGUCCUGGUGACCGUCUCCUUGACAUCGAUAUCCCCAUGUCAGUGGGCAUUGUGGAGCCGAAGACUCACCCCUCCCAGCUUAACGCUGCAGAGUUCCUGUGGGACAUGAACAAAAGAACUUCUGUUUUUGUGCAGGUGCACUGCAUCAGCACAGAGUUCACUCCCAGGAAGCACGGUGGAGAGAAGGGUGUCCCCUUCAGGAUCCAGUUUGACACGUUCGCCCAGGGAGAUAGUGGAGAGUACACAGAGCACCUCCACUCUGCCUCCUGCCAAAUCAAAGUCUUUAAGCCAAAGGGGGCAGAUCGUAAGCAAAAGACAGACAGGGAGAAGAUGGAGAAACGCACACCGCAAGAGAAGGAAAAGUACCAGCCUUCUUAUGAUACCACUAUCCUGUCAGAGACGAGGCUUGAACCCAUCAUAGAGGAUGCGGGUGACCACGAGCUGAAAAAGUCCAGCAAGCGGACACUUCCCGCUGACUGUGGCGACUCCCUGGCCAAGAGAGGCAGUUGCUCCCCUUGGCCAGACAACGCCUACGUCAGCACCAACCAGGCAGCUACUCCCUCCUUCACCUCCACCCCACUGUCCACCUACGCAACCUCUUCAGUACCGGACAGUGACUCGUCCUCACCCAAUCACCAGGCCGACCCUGGCAGCCAUGGCAACUCGGAGGUUAGUCUGCAAUCUUCUCACCUGUACGAACUGGUGGAAAACCAGUUUCAUGUCACUGACGGAGAAACACAGCAGCUGAGCCCCACUGCCUCCAUACAGGAUGCACAAAAGUGGCUCCUGAAAAAUCGCUUCAACUCCUACACACGACUCUUCUCUCACUUCUCAGGUUCUGAUUUGUUGAAGCUAACCCGGGACGACCUGGUCCAGAUUUGUGGGCCAGCAGAUGGGAUCAGACUCUUCAAUGCACUUAAAUCCAGGUCAGUGCGUCCCAGGCUGACGGUGUACGUCUGUCAGGAGUCCCAUCGGGAGAGCCCCCUGCUGGAAAGACACGGCACCAGUGAAAACGGAGAACACAGCAUUUCCUCUAGUUUACACGUGUAUCAUGCUCUGUACCUAGAGGAGCUCACAGCAGCAGAACUGAUCCGCAAGAUGGCGUGUGUGUGCAACCUUCCACUGGGAACGAUCAACCAGGUGUACAGACAGGGUCCUACAGGCAUACACAUCCUGCUCAGCGACCAGAUGGUUUACAACUUGCCUGACGAGAGCUGUUUUUUGAUCAGCACUGUCAAAGAUGAACUGGGCGAAGGACUCCAUCUAAUUCUAAAGUAGUGAGGAGGACAGAUGGCAUCACUAAUACUCCACCCUCUGUUUUGGAGCAGAAGCCUCCCUCUGUCCCUCUCUGCCUGCCUCCACUCUUUCCUCGUACUUCCUCCCGUUCUCUCUAAACGCUCGCUCGAUGGAAAGCAGAGACUGCGCUAAAGCCAUGUAAAUGUUAGAAUCUGACAUGGGUGUGUCCACUGUUUCAUAUUGAAAACACUAUUAACGGAGGAGGCUAGUUAAAAGAGGAGAGACUGGAGGGAUAUGGGGUUGGGGGGAAAGAAAAUGAUGUUGUAUGUAUUUUGAUUUUAUUAUUUUAUUUUUUGUCUUUUAUAUGGUUUCUGUUGGAGAAGGGAGGGGGAGGCUCCAAGAGAGAGGGGAGAGUGACAUUCUGGCCUUCAGGUGAAGGAAAGAAAGCAGAGUUUCCUUAUUGCUCGUUGCCCUUCUUACACAACGCGCACAACCAGCACUAGGCCAGUAUUUGAUAACCUGUACUGCUGAACAGCAUGCAAUCUCAACAUACUAACUUGCUUAAAGGAAAAAUCCCAAUUUACUCUGCUUAUUUAACAUUCUUGACAGGGUUGUCUAGAUAAACCAUUUAUUGAUCAGCUGAGCUUGAUAACCUCUGAAAUACCCUGGCAAAAUUUGUGGAAGUGGCCUCAUUUAUGGAUGUUGACACCAACAUUCAGGUUUUUUUUUCCUCUGACUUUGUCAGAUGAACGGAUUUCAUUAACUUUUGUCACUACAGUCAUCCCAUGUGAUUUUAGACUUCCAGCCAUAUCUCUCUCUGUUGACGCCACGUCACACUCUCCUAGCGUACGUCCUGUUUGGCUGGCGCUUUUACCAUUUUUAGUUAAUGCUUUAUUUAUGGAUCAGUUGUUUCUCUCGCGCUCAUUGAAUUUACUUGUUUCUGGUGCCAUAUUGGCUUUUUAACACAAUAUUUUAGUCCCAUUCACAAAACACAGUGCACACACACCUCUUCUUUGACUCCUCUGCUUUCUGUGCUGACUUUGAAACACUGAUUUAGAGGGAUGCGGUUUACGCCUUCUGGGAUAUUGGCCAUAAACUUGCAAAAUAAAAAGAGGAACAAACCUCUAUAGAUGACUGAUAUGUGGAGCAGUAACGCCUAUCCAAAAACCUACUAUAAUGUGGACCAAACGGGUUUCAGAUUGAUGGGCACUUUUUGAGGAAAAUCUUCAUUACUCACUAGAAGCAUUUGUAAAAUUGAUCAAAUGGUAAAUGAAACCCUCAUCUAGUGGAGUUGCUUGUUUGCAGCAUGUGCUUAAUAAUAAACCCUCCAUUCCAGGAUCUGCUCUGCAAGAAACAGCCCAACACACAGCAGGCUGGCAGAAAUGUAUCACUGCGGUAGCCUGGUUUCAAUAGUCUUAUCCUGUAGACUAGAAAAUCAUGGCAGCUCCACGUCCAUCUUCAAAAUCUUGUGUUUUUAAUGUAGCUGAACACAGGAAUUACAGGUCACAUGUUUUGAGUGCCCUUACCUUUGAAAAGUGACAAAGUCUCACACAGGUCCUGGGAGUCGCUGUUUGUUUAGUUGACCUCCUUUGAUUUUGGUGCACAAUGUCUGGCAAAGUGCAUACAGUUUGCACCCCUCUAAGUGUCAGGUGGUGUGUGCGUGUGUGUGUGUGCAUGUGUAUCAUUUUUCGUUCUUGCAAAGAAAACCUAAUUAUGUCAGUAGUUGUCAUAAACUUUUUCCUGUUGGUAUGAAGAAACUGUGUUUAGCUUGCUGUUUAGUAAAGAGCAUGUGGGAAGAUGGGGGAGGGAGGGAGGGAUAAAUUUGGUUCUUGGUGAGUGUAACACCUCCUUCUUCUUCCAGAUGUUAGAGACCAAGUCUGCACUGAAAAAUCACAAACUCAAGCUUGAUGUGUAGUCAGUAGUCCUUCAGCCACACCCUAUUCUUAUCCGCCUAUAAGGAGGAGAACAAAAGAAAAAGACUGUAGAGACUAAAAAGCGUCUGUGAUUUUGUCUCACCAUGCGCCAGAGCCAGGACUGUAGCUCUUGUGGUGUUUACAAGGACAUGAGUACCACAGCACAGUACACUGUGUCCAUCGACUCAAAAAUUAGUAUCGGAGCGGAUGUGAUACCAAGUCGGGCAAACUCUGGUGAGCAGGUUUGGUCCCCCUUCGGCCUGACCAGUCGUCCGUCUGUCUGUGUGACUGAGUGUGUGUGUGCGUGUGUGAGAGAGCGAGAGAGAGUGAGCGUGAGCAGGAGAGGUGACCACCGUUCAUGUACAGCCUAUUGUCAAUGAUGAUGCUUCUCGUGUGCACAGUAUCGUAUGCUGGGGAUGUACACAACCACAUGUGCUGGGAAUAAAUGAUUUCAUAACUUUC